AUGGCAAUGGACAUGGUGUGUUCCAAUCGGAGACUUGGAGGAAAAGGGAACGUCAUGGGAGAUGGAGACAAGAAGAAGGGGGUGAGGAAGUGUUUAUUUAAGUCAUCUUCUGUGGCGGGGGCGUCUUCUAAAUCAAGGAUGGUGCAAGCUCUCAUUGCUACUCGCAAGCGUACGAUCAACAAACCGGCAUCUCAUCAAGGAGAAGUAGCAAAACAGAAGGAGGAGAAGGGUCCAUCAAACCCAAAGACUAUCUCUUCCAAGCUUUAG